GUUCAGCACAUGAGUCGUGGGUCAGGUCCAUCAUAUCAGUUUCCUCGCCAGGUUCAUCAUAUCGGUCCCCUCGCCUCCAUCGCAAUGAAACCUCAGCGAUAUGACCGGGAAUAUCUGAAACAGCGAAGUGGUCAAGUCUGAUGUGAUGGAUGGCGGUGAUCACAGGUUCUGCCAAUCUGGAGGCGUCUGAUAGUAGAAAGUCACAUGCACUACAUGAGUUGGAUUUCACCGUGGAACCCCUUCAAAUCUCGAUGACGAGCUUGGCAGACGGGCGCUCGGACCGCUGUGAUGAGACGAGUCGAUUUAAGAAAGCACCCAUUCAGAAUUCUAGUGUCGUAUCGAAACGGAUACAACUGCUCCUCAGCUCACACUCGUUGUAGUCCCAGAAUGGCCACGAUCCAGUACAUUUCCAGUCCUGACGAGCUCUCCAGCAUGAUUACUUCCAACGCGAAUGUUGUCUUAUACUCCUAUUCUCCGUUAUGCUACCUUUGUAUCCGGACGACACCGAUAUUUAAAAGUGUUGUCGCCCAAUUCGCGUCUGCACAAUGGCAUUUCUGUAGGGUGAACAUCACAGAGCAUCCGGACAUUGCGAAGUUAGUUCGGACCACCAAGACGCCGCACUUUGUCAUUUUCUAUGACGGGAAGCAAGUUUCAGAGAAGAAAGGCCAGGUCACGAAGGACGAAUUGAAGGAAUGGUUGACGGGCCGCGUUCUUCUCAGAGAUCACCAUCACAAACGACUCCGAUUCCUCGUCGGUAAUAUCGGAUAGAAGUGCAGGUUCAGCAAGCGAGGACAUUCAUAUUUAUGUACCACCCCACCCUCCGAGAGACUACGACGGUGGAAUAUCUAGAAAACCUUGCACAGGAGAAUUCGAGAUCAAACCAAAACGCAAAGGCA